AUGACAUCCAAUUAUAAAAAACAAAAUUUCCAUUCAAAAUCUCAAAGAUAUGGUGUUAAAAUAAAUGAUAAAGAAACAAAAGAUCGUAUUAAAUCUAAUGUCAUUUCAGAAAUGAAUAAACGAACAUCAGUGAACACAAAACGGUCCAACACUCCACUACGUAAUCGAACAAAUCAAGGUGAUGCAACGGCCUGUAGUGUAUAUAGUGGAAGUGACACAAAAAGUAUGCACAAAACGCUGAAUAAUGAAUUCUUACUAUUUCAAUUAUUAAUGAAAAAAUUAAUUUCUAUUGACAAGGGUUCGGGAAAUAAUAAAAAGUCAUUAACCGUUUAUACACAUUUUCAUCCUGAUGAUGAGAAAGAUAGAAGUAUAAUGGUUGAAUUUGAUACAAAAUAUCAUCGAAGUAAAGCACUUUAUUGGUAUACAAGAGAGUCAAUCAUAUAUCGCAUAUUAAACAAAUCAUUACGUACACACCAAAUUAAUGAUGUACUUGUAUUCGGACCUUUUAUUAAAGAUAUAUAUGAUCAACUGCAUCAAGAAUACAAAGGAUUUAUGAAAUUAUUACCAUCACCUACUUUUAAUGUAUAUCGUGGUCAAUUAAUGGCAAUAGAUGAAGUAAAUCGUAUGAAAACAACUGUAGGACAACUUAUAGCAAUGAAUAGUUUUCUAUCAACAAGUACAAAUAGAAAAAAGGCAAUAGAAUUUGCCACAGCAAAACCUGCUACCAAUGAAUUAACAAAUAUUUUACUUGAAAUCAAUGUUGAUUCCAGAUAUUUUACAAAACCGUAUG